CCGGGGAGGAGGAGGCGGAGGGGGAGGAGGCCAACAUGGCGGCGCGCAGGGCUGGGCCGGGCCGCAGCCGCGCCUGAGCGCCCCACCGCCCUAGCUCGGCUCGCGGCACCCACGCCGGCACCUAGCCUGGCCCGGCGGCUGCGGAGCACGCGGGGCAGGAGCGCAGAGGCCCACCUGGACGCGGAGGCUGCGCCGCGCGGCCCGCCAGGCCCGGGACCCGGAGCUUCGCCGUGCGCCGGCCGGGGCGGCCCGGAGGCCCAAGCCAUGGAAUCGGAGGAGGAGCAGCACAUGACCACGCUGCUGUGCAUGGGCUUCUCGGACCCCGCCACCAUCCGCAAGGCCCUGCGCCUGGCCAAGAACGACAUCAACGAGGCCGUGGCGCUGCUCACCAACGAGCGGCCGGGCCUCGACUACGGCGGCUACGAGCCCAUGGACAGCGGCGGCGGCCCCAGCCCCGGGCCCGGCGGGCUCCCGCGGGGCGACGGCGGAGGUGACGGCGGCGGCGGCGGCCCCUCCCGCGGUGGAAGCACUGGCGGCGGGGGCGGCUUCGACCCCCCGCCCGCCUACCACGAGGUGGUGGACGCGGAGAAGAAUGAUGAAAAUGGAAACUGCUCAGGGGAAGGAAUUGAAUUCCCUACAACAAAUUUAUAUGAACUGGAAAGCCGUGUUUUGACUGAUCAUUGGUCCAUCCCUUACAAGCGAGAAGAAUCACUAGGCAAGUGCCUGUUGGCAUCUACCUACCUAGCAAGACUUGGUCUUUCUGAGUCUGAUGAGAAUUGUAAAAGAUUUAUGGAUAGGUGUAUGCCUGAAGCAUUUAAAAAGCUCCUGACGUCAAGUGCUGUUCACAAGUGGGGUACUGAAAUUCAUGAAGGAAUCUACAACAUGUUAAUGCUAUUAAUAGAGCUGGUUGCAGAGAGAAUAAAACAAGAUCCAAUUCCCAUUGGUCUCCUGGGUGUGCUUACAAUGGCUUUCAAUCCUGAUAAUGAAUACCAUUUUAAAAACAGAAUGAAAGCGUCUCAAAGGAAUUGGGCAGAAGUGUUUGGAGAGGGAAAUAUGUUUGCUGUUUCACCUGUAUCGACUUUCCAAAAGGAGCCUCAUGGAUGGGUUGUGGAUUUGGUGAAUAAGUUUGGAGAAUUAGGUGGAUUUGCAGCAAUCCAAGCCAAGCUCCAUUCAGAAGAUAUAGAACUUGGGGCUGUCUCAGCAUUGAUUCAACCCUUAGGAGUGUGUGCAGAGUACCUCAAUUCCUCUGUGGUACAGCCCAUGCUAGACCCAGUCAUUCUUACCACAAUCCAGGAUGUACGGAGCGUAGAAGAGAAAGACCUCAAAGACAAGAGAUUGGUUAGCAUCCCUGAGCUGUUGUCUGCCAUUAAGUUACUUUGCAUGCGCUUCCAACCGGAUCUGGUGACAAUUGUGGAUGACCUUCGACUAGACAUUCUACUGCGCAUGCUGAAAUCACCACAUUUUAGUGCUAAAAUGAAUUCUCUCAAAGAAGUAACCAAACUAAUAGAAGAUAGCACUUUAUCCAAAUCCGUGAAGAAUGCUAUAGAUACAGACAGAUUAUUAGAUUGGCUAGUUGAAAACUCGGUUCUGUCAAUUGCACUGGAAGGCAACAUAGACCAAGCACAAUACUGUGACCGUAUAAAGGGAAUUAUUGAACUCUUGGGCAGUAAAUUAUCGUUAGAGGAGCUCACUAAAAUUUGGAAGAUACAGUCAGGACAAUCAUCUACUGUGAUUGAGAACAUUCAUACUAUUAUUGCUGCAGCGGCUGUGAAAUUUAAUUCAGAUCAGCUUAAUCAUUUGUUUGUUCUCAUUCAGAAGAGCUGGGAGACUGAGAGUGAUAGAGUAAGACAGAAGCUAUUGAGCCUGAUUGGACGAAUAGGCCGGGAAGCUCGCUUUGAGACCACUUCUGGAAAGGUAUUAGACGUACUCUGGGAACUGGCUCACCUUCCAACCCUGCCCAGUAGCCUUAUUCAGCAGGCCUUGGAGGAGCACCUGACAAUCCUUAGUGAUGCGUAUGCAGUGAAAGAAGCAGUCAAGAGGAGCUACAUCAUCAAGUGCAUAGAAGAUAUUAAGAGGCCUGGAGAAUGGUCAGGUUUGGAAAAAAACAAGAAGGAUGGAUUCAAGUCAUCUCAGCUUAAUAAUCCCCAGUUUGUAUGGGUGGUACCAGCUUUGCGUCAGCUCCAUGAAAUUACUCGCUCAUUCAUAAAACAAACUUAUCAAAAGCAAGACAAGAGCAUCAUUCAAGACUUGAAGAAAAAUUUUGAAAUAGUGAAAUUGGUAACUGGAAGUUUGAUUGCUUGUCAUCGGCUUGCAGCUGCUGUGGCUGGGCCGGGAGGCUUAAGUGGCUCGACGCUAGUGGACGGCCGGUACACUUACCGGGAGUAUUUAGAGGCACAUCUAAAAUUUCUGGCGUUUUUCUUGCAAGAAGCCACUCUGUAUCUGGGUUGGAAUCGUGCCAGGGAGAUCUGGGAGUGUCUUGUGACUGGCCAGGAUGUUUGUGAAUUAGAUAGGGAGAUGUGUUUUGAAUGGUUUACAAAAGGGCAGCAUGAUCUUGAGAGUGAUGUUCAGCAGCAGCUCUUCAAGGAGAAAAUUCUUAAAUUGGAGUCAUAUGAAAUCACUAUGAAUGGUUUUAACUUAUUUAAGACUUUUUUUGAAAAUGUGAAUCUUUGUGAUCAUCGAUUGAAAAGACAAGGAGCUCAGUUGUAUGUAGAAAAGCUGGAAUUGAUAGGAAUGGAUUUCAUUUGGAAAAUAGCCAUGGAAUCACCUGAUGAAGAAAUUGCUAAUGAAGCUAUUCAGCUAAUCAUAAACUAUAGUUAUAUUAAUCUAAAUCCUAGAUUAAAGAAGGAUUCAGUAUCUUUACAUAAGAAAUUUAUUGCUGAUUGCUACACAAGAUUAGAGGCAGCCAGUUCAGCACUUGGUGGUCCCACUCUAACACAUGCUGUGACCAGAGCAACAAAAAUGCUUACAGCAACUGCCAUGCCAACUGUAGCAACCUCAGUUCAGUCUCCAUAUAGAUCCACUAAACUUGUAAUAAUUGAGAGAUUGCUGCUUCUGGCAGAGCGCUAUGUGAUCACUAUAGAGGAUUUUUACUCUGUUCCACGAACUAUUCUACCUCAUGGUGCCUCAUUUCAUGGACAUCUUUUAACUCUUAAUAUUACCUAUGAGUCUACCAAAGAUACCUUCACUGUCGAGGCUCACAGUAAUGAAACCAUAGGGAGUGUCCGGUGGAAAAUAGCCAAGCAGUUGUGCUCUCCUGUGGAUAAUAUACAGAUAUUUACAAAUGAUAGCCUGCUGACAGUGAAUAAAGAUCAAAAGCUACUCCACCAACUGGGAUUUUCUGAUGAACAAAUUCUUACAGUGAAGACUUCUGGCAGCGGGACCCCAUCUGGGAGCUCAGCAGAUUCUUCAACCAGCUCCAGCAGCAGCAGUAGUGGGGCCUUUAGUUCUUCAUAUGCCAUGGAGCAGGAGAAAUCCCUCCCUGGUGUAGUGAUGGCUCUCGUAUGUAACGUAUUCGACAUGCUUUAUCAGCUCGCUAAUCUGGAAGAGCCAAGGAUAACUCUGCGAGUACGGAAGCUCCUGCUCUUGAUACCCACUGAUCCAGCCAUUCAGGAAGCCCUUGAUCAGCUUGAUUCUUUAGGAAGAAAGAAAACAUUGUUGUCUGAAUCAAGUUCUCAGUCCUCAAAAUCUCCAUCCCUGUCGUCAAAGCAACAGCAUCAGCCAAGUGCCAGUUCAAUUUUAGAAAGUCUGUUUCGAUCUUUUGCCCCGGGAAUGUCUACCUUCAGAGUGCUCUACAACUUAGAAGUUCUAAGCUCCAAACUCAUGCCAACAGCUGAUGAUGACAUGGCCAGAAGCUGUGCCAAAUCCUUCUGUGAAAACUUCCUCAAAGCUGGCGGUUUGAGUUUGGUUGUAAAUGUUAUGCAGAGAGAUUCCAUCCCAUCAGAAGUAGACUAUGAAACAAGACAGGGUGUUUAUUCCAUCUGUCUACAGCUUGCAAGAUUUUUACUUGUUGGACAAACAAUGCCCACAUUAUUAGACGAAGACCUCACCAAAGAUGGCAUAGAAGCACUUUCUUCCCGCCCAUUCCGGAAUGUCAGCCGGCAGACAAGCAGACAGAUGUCCUUAUGCGGUACCCCAGAAAAGUCAUCCUACCGACAGUUGUCAGUGUCUGAUAGGUCUUCUAUUAGGGUUGAGGAAAUCAUCCCUGCUGCUCGAGUUGCAAUACAGACGAUGGAAGUAAGCGAUUUCACUUCUACUGUGGCUUGUUUCAUGAGAUUGUCAUGGGCUGCAGCUGCUGGACGGCUUGAUCUUGUUGGGAGUAGCCAGCCAAUUAAAGAAAGUAAUUCUCUGUGUCCUGCUGGAAUUCGAAACAGACUCAGCAGUUCAGGAAGCAAUUGCAGCUCUGGAAGUGAAGGAGAACCAGUAGCCCUGCAUGCAGGAAUCUGUGUUCGACAACAGUCUGUAUCCACCAAAGACUCACUGAUUGCCGGAGAGGCUUUGUCUCUUCUUGUUACGUGCCUACAGCUUCGGAGCCAGCAACUGGCAUCUUUCUAUAACUUGCCCUGUGUUGCUGAUUUCAUCAUUGAUAUUCUGCUCGGAUCACCAAGUUCUGAGAUUCGCCGGGUUGCCUGUGAUCAGCUGUACACUCUUAGUCAGACAGACACAUCAGCGCAUCCAGAUGUGCAGAAGCCAAAUCAGUUUCUUCUAGGUGUCAUCCUCACUGCUCAGCUGCCUCUCUGGUCUCCAACUAGUAUUAUGAGAGGAGUCAAUCAGAGACUGUUAUCUCAGUGCAUGGAGUAUUUUGAUUUGAGAUGCCAAUUAUUAGAUGAUCUGACAACUUCGGAAAUGGAGCAGUUAAGGAUCAGCCCCGCUACCAUGCUUGAAGAUGAGAUUACUUGGCUGGAUAACUUUGAACCUAAUCGCACAGCUGAAUGUGAGACCAGUGAGGCGGACAACAUCUUACUGGCAGGGCACUUACGCCUCAUCAAGACUCUUCUUUCACUCUGUGGGGCAGAAAAGGAAAUGCUUGGUUCAUCACUCAUUAAACCCUUGUUAGAUGACUUCCUUUUCCGAGCUUCUAGAAUUAUUUUAAAUAGUCAUUCUCCAGCUGGCAGUGCCGCCAUCAGUCAACAGGACUUUCAUCCAAAGUGUAGUACAGCGAAUAGCCGAUUGGCAGCCUACGAAGUUCUUGUAAUGUUGGCUGAUAGUUCACCUUCAAAUCUUCAAAUUAUUAUAAAAGAACUGCUUUCUAUGCAUCACCAACCUGACCCUGCUCUUACCAAGGAGUUUGAUUACCUUCCCCCGGUGGAUAGCAGGUCCAGUUCAGGGUUUGUGGGGCUGAGGAAUGGUGGUGCAACUUGUUACAUGAAUGCAGUCUUCCAGCAGCUGUAUAUGCAACCUGGGCUCCCUGAGUCAUUACUUUCGGUAGAUGAUGACACAGACAAUCCAGAUGACAGCGUGUUUUAUCAAGUGCAGUCUCUCUUUGGGCAUUUAAUGGAAAGCAAGCUGCAGUAUUAUGUACCUGAGAAUUUUUGGAAGAUAUUCAAGAUGUGGAAUAAAGAACUUUAUGUGAGAGAACAGCAGGAUGCAUAUGAAUUCUUUACUAGUCUCAUUGAUCAGAUGGAUGAAUAUCUCAAGAAAAUGGGAAGAGACCAAAUUUUUAAGAAUACAUUUCAGGGCAUCUACUCUGAUCAGAAGAUCUGUAAAGACUGUCCUCACAGGUAUGAGCGUGAAGAAGCUUUCAUGGCUCUCAAUCUAGGAGUGACUUCUUGUCAGAGUUUGGAAAUUUCUUUGGACCAAUUUGUCAGAGGAGAAGUUCUAGAGGGAAGUAAUGCGUACUACUGUGAAAAGUGUAAAGAAAAGAGAAUAACAGUGAAAAGAACCUGCAUUAAAUCUUUACCUAGCGUCUUGGUAAUUCACCUAAUGAGAUUUGGAUUUGACUGGGAAAGUGGACGCUCCAUUAAAUAUGAUGAACAAAUAAGGUUUCCCUGGAUGCUAAACAUGGAGCCUUACACAGUUUCAGGAAUGGCUCGCCAGGAUUCCUCUUCUGAAGUCGGGGAAAAUGGGCGAAGUAUGGAUCAGGGAGGUGGAGGAUCCCCACGAAAAAAGGUUGCCCUCACAGAAAACUACGAACUUGUCGGCGUCAUUGUACACAGUGGGCAGGCACAUGCAGGCCACUACUAUUCCUUCAUUAAGGACAGGCGAGGGUGUGGAAAAGGAAAGUGGUAUAAAUUUAAUGACACAGUUAUAGAAGAAUUUGACCUAAAUGAUGAGACCCUGGAGUAUGAAUGCUUUGGAGGAGAAUAUAGACCAAAAGUUUAUGAUCAAACAAACCCAUACACUGAUGUACGCCGAAGAUACUGGAAUGCCUAUAUGCUUUUCUACCAAAGGGUGUCUGAUCAGAACUCCCCAGUAUUACCAAAGAAAAGUCGAGUCAGCGUUGUACGGCAGGAAGCUGAGGAUCUCUCUCUGUCAGCUCCAUCUUCACCAGAAAUUUCACCUCAGUCAUCUCCUCGGCUUCAUAGGCCUAACAAUGACCGGCUGUCUAUUCUUACCAAGCUGGUUAAAAAAGGCGAGAAGAAAGGACUGUUUGUGGAGAAAAUGCCUGCACGAAUAUACCAGAUGGUGAGAGAUGAGAACCUCAAGUUUAUGAAGAAUAGAGAUGUGUACAGCAGUGAUUAUUUCAGUUUUGUUUUGUCUUUAGCUUCGUUGAAUGCUACUAAAUUAAAGCAUCCAUAUUAUCCUUGCAUGGCGAAGGUGAGCUUACAGCUUGCUAUUCAAUUCCUUUUUCAAACUUAUUUACGGACAAAGAAGAAACUCAGGGUUGAUACUGAAGAAUGGAUUGCUACCAUUGAAGCAUUGCUUUCAAAAAGUUUUGAUGCUUGUCAGUGGUUAGUUGAAUAUUUUAUUAGUUCUGAAGGACGAGAAUUGAUAAAGAUUUUCUUACUGGAGUGCAGUGUGAGAGAAGUACGAGUUGCUGUGGCCACCAUUCUGGAGAAAACCCUAGACAGUGCCUUGUUUUAUCAGGAUAAGUUAAAAAGCCUUCAUCAGUUGCUGGAGGUACUACUUGCUCUGCUGGAUAAAGACGUUCCGGAAAAUUGUAAAAACUGUGCUCAGUACUUUUUCCUGUUCAACACUUUUGUACAAAAGCAAGGUAUCAGGGCUGGAGAUCUUCUUCUGAGGCAUUCAGCUCUGAGGCACAUGGUCAGCUUUCUCCUAGGGGCCAGUCGGCAAAACAAUCAGAUACGUCGAUGGAGUUCAGCACAAGCACGAGAAUUUGGGAAUCUUCACAAUACAGUGGCACUACUUGUUUUGCAUUCAGAUGUCUCAUCCCAAAGGAAUGUUGCUCCUGGCGUAUUUAAGCAACGACCACCCAUUAGCAUUGCUCCCUCAAGCCCUCUGCUGCCCCUCCAUGAGGAGGUAGAAGCCUUGUUGUUCAUGUCUGAAGGGAAACCUUACCUGUUAGAGGUCAUGUUUGCUUUGCGGGAGCUGACGGGUUCGCUCUUGGCGCUCAUUGAGAUGGUGGUGUACUGCUGUUUCUGUAAUGAGCAUUUUUCCUUCACAAUGCUGCAUUUCAUUAAGAACCAACUAGAAACGGCUCCACCCCAUGAGUUAAAGAAUACGUUCCAACUACUUCAUGAAAUAUUGGUUAUUGAAGAUCCCAUACAAGUAGAGCGAGUCAAAUUUGUGUUUGAGACAGAAAAUGGAUUACUAGCUUUGAUGCACCACAGUAAUCAUGUGGACAGCAGUCGCUGCUACCAGUGUGUUAAAUUUCUCGUCACUCUUGCUCAAAAGUGUCCUGCAGCUAAGGAGUACUUCAAGGAGAAUUCCCACCACUGGAGCUGGGCUGUGCAGUGGCUACAGAAGAAGAUGUCAGAACAUUAUUGGACACCACAGAGUAAUGUCUCUAAUGAAACAUCAACUGGAAAAACCUUUCAGCGAACCAUUUCAGCUCAGGACACAUUAGCGUAUGCCACAGCUUUGUUGAAUGAAAAAGAGCAAUCAGGAAGCAGUAAUGGGUCAGAGAGCAGUCCUGCCAAUGAGAACGGAGACAGGCAUCUGCAGCAGUUUAGGUCGUCACUUCCAGACUGUCCUUGCUCCUUCCCACCCCUGCUUGAUGAGUCCCACAGCACACGGGUUCAGAAUCGCCCAUGAUGAUAGGCGAGUUGAGAAGUGACCUUGAGGACGUUGAUCCCUAGAGGCACAUGUCCAGUCUGAGAAGAGUCAAGUCACGAUACUGGAUGCUCAGCACCUUCUUGGAGUCAGAAUUUCAUCCUUGAACCCUUUGGAAGAGCCUGCAGAUUGGACUGGGAAAGCUGCUGUGACUUCAGCAGAUCGCAUAUUUCUCAAGGAAAGCGUUUUUAGGCGCUAGGAGGUUUGGGAGCUGUUUGGCAGUGGGAGGAUUCCGGCAUGCGGAUCAGCUGUCCUGGGAGCACGGUCUAUAUGUGGAUUCACAUUUCUGUGGAGAUUUUCAGAAAUAAAGCCAGUGGCAGACUUUUUUGUUACACGAACAUAGAAGAGUGAGCAUAAAGCUGUUGCUUUCUCUACAAUGCUACAAAAGAAAUUCCUUUGGUUUUUAUAUUUUAAGAAAAAAAGCAAGCUGCUUUUAGAUAUGUGGGGGCAAAUUUUUAAUCUUGCAGUAACAUUAAACAGGAAUAUCCAAUUUAAAAGGAUGUAAACGUGAUAAAAUUCCUUUUCAUUGUAAAAUAGUAGUUAAAGAAGUCAAUUUACACAGACCUUUGUAUUUAAUAUGUCUCCCUAUUUGUAUAGAAUUUCAGAUGGGUCUAGAUGAGAACCCUAUGCAUAAGCUUGAAUCUUGAUGAAAGGUUGCUAGGAUCAGGAUGAAAAACUGGGAAAUAUUAAGCUCUUGAAGGUAUUUUUCUGAUACAAUUGAGAUUGAAAAGAGCAAUUUUUUAAAUGCUGUGUUCUCCAGAAGUACAGGGUGGAUUCUCUGACAUCAAUCACUUAAGUUAUGAGUUGCUCCCCAAACAGAUUUUUAAAACAGCAAAAUAAAAGCACUUUAAGAUAUAAUUUCACUGAGUUUGACAUCACAAAAUUCUCUUUUUAAUGCCUGGAGACAUAUUGAAUAAACUGUAGUCUUAAAUCACGUGAUCUGCAAUCCUUUGUUUUUGCUUAAACAGAAUUACUGAAACCCUUGGUAUUGGUUGUAUAUGAAGUUAACCGUUUGAGUUGGUACAUACUGCUUGUGAGUUUCAUAGUAAUUUUAAUGCAGAGAAGGAAUUUGAGAAUUGUUUCUCCUCACCAUGACUAAUUAACACUGAAAAGACAGUCAAGGUUUAAGAUUUAUUUUCCCAGAAAUAAAUAUAAAGCAAUUGAAUAACCAUCUAUUUAGUUGUGUUUCCAAAGUAUAGCACCAUUCAUUCAUUUAUACCAGCUCCCUUUUUGGUGGGGGAGAAAAAUUACACCCACAUAUUUCAUAAAUAUUCUGUACAUUUUGUAUUUUGAAUUGCUCACAUUUUCAGCCCUGUUUUGCCUUUUAGUUACAGGUUCUGCCUUAUUUUCAUCUCACCGUACACAGAACUAGGGAGCUUUAGGAAGUGCCAGGUUUCCACUGUCAGUGAGAUUUGCCAAGUCACAGAGGCUCAGUCAGCCCCCAAGUGCCCAUCUGGCUGCUAUAGCAUUGUGUGGGCACGUGACCAGGCAGAUGGCGUCUCAUUGCUGUGCUCUCGCCAUGGCCCAGUCACUUCAUCGUCUGACAGUGAGGGUUUCUGUGCCUUCAGACUUCAGUUUGUUAUUCUGUGACUUGCUGGAGGCUCGUGAUGGCCUUUGUCAAACACGCUAAGAAGAUGGAAGGGCCAGCACUUAAGAGCAGAACUGUACCCUUAGAGAAACAGACAGAGGCGAGUGGCAAACUUCAGACAGUUCCAAUGUUCUUGCAGUUUGAAAUGUGAUGUUCCAGCAUUGGUUUUGAGUACGUGAAUGCUUCAUGUCCUACUGUUUCCCCUGCCCUCUCCUCACCUUCUCUCCACCCCCAUCCUCACCAAGAGAUUGUGUGGGACAUGACCUUGAAAUGCUGGCGAUGAUCCGUGCUGGGAUGUCAUCGCUGGCCACUGCACUCUCAGGAGCCCAAAAUCAGGAGUGAAAUCGCCACUUCUAGUCCCCUUAUUUCCUAUGGAAACAACGCCUUCCACACCCCAGCACCUGCUGUCCUCACUGUAAAGCUUCAUCAGGAUCGCCCACAGUGUAUAUUGUAUGCUUCGGUUCAUGUUGCUCACAUCGUUGCUGCAGUGACCAUCGUUUUCACUUUGCUGGUAACCACUUGAUUUCUGACAGCUACAGUCAGUGAACCUGCUGAUGACUUUUUUAAAUGUAGUACAACAGUGACAAUUAUGACAGGCUUACCUUGGAAGAGUUGUCAUUUUUACUGCCAAUUUUUUGGAUGAAGAUGUUUUUAUAAACCUUUCAAAAUGGUCUGCAAACAGAGCAGGAAUUGCACAAUUAACUCAACGCUGUGUGUUCUCAAGAAGCUCCCUUAGUGAGGCCGAUCUUAGGAUGGCCGAUUCUGCCCGUUGAAGGCAUCCUGGGAAAGAAAACAAGUGUCCCAGCGGGCAUCUCACCACGACUUCUGCAGUCCUCACACGGUCACUGACAACUACAAUCAGUUUUAGGAACUAGAGCGCUGUAUCAUCAAACUUACCCUGUCCUGCCCCACCUUCCCUGCUAACAUUGAGGUGUGUGCAGUUUACCUUUUGAGCUUGGAACAAGCAGACUGGAAUUUUCCUCUGCUACCUCUUGUGUAUAAAAUCUUGUUUAUAAAAUUUCAAAAGGAAGUAGAUACACUAGGGAAGAACCUCAAUUCAGAAUUUGGUUCAUGUGUGGCAAAGUUCUUAGCUUCUAAGAGUAUAAAAUAAAUUUUUCAAAAACGUAA